AUGUCAACAAUUGAUGAAACAAAUGAAGAAGAUGUCAAUUCUAAUGGCGGCAAUGAAAUAAAUGAUAAUUUACAAGUUCAAACAUCAAGAGAUUUAGUAUUGACUAAAAAAUCUCCCGAUUUAAAUGCUUCAGUUACCGUUGAUACAGUUACAUCAUUUGAAACAAUUAGAUCUUUAGUUAGAUCACCUUCGUUUACUUCAGUAUAUGGAUCAGAGAGAGUAUGUUGUUUAAAUUGGUUAAAAUUUAAUCCAUUUAGAAGAUCAAGAAAUACAAUUGAAGAUACUUCACCAUUAUUACCUGUUCAUAGUUUACCUUAUAAUUCACCAAUAAUUACAUCAAAUCAAUUAUCAAGUAUUAUCUUUAAUUUCUUGGAUAAAUGGAUAAUCUCUAUGUCGAGAAGAAAUUAUCCAAAUACAAUAAUAUGGUUAUUUUCAACCUUAAUUACAAUUUCAUUAAUUGCAAUAAUUUUAGGAUUAUAUUUUAGUGGCAAUUUAGGUGCUUUAACUCAAUUAGCAAAAGCAUUAUUAUGUCAAAUUAUAUCACAAUUUAAUAAUGAUAAUUCAUUACCUUCAUUUUGUUAA